AUGACCGACACUCUUUAUGAACAUAUAUUUGUUCAGCUCAAACAGUUACUUCCCAUUGAGUCUUCUAUGUCAACUUAUGCAGAAAUAGAGAAUGAGCCUUUCUAUGUGAAUGCUAGAUUAGCUCUUUUUAAUUUGGGAAUAGUAGAGGGUUUGGAGACAAUGAUAAGGCACUUUUUAAAACUCAUGGAUAAAAUUAUAUUAAAACAGGGUUCAGGGACAGAAAGGUUUAAUGAAGAUGAGUUGAACUCACUGCUGGUUUUGUUAAGGUUAUUGAACGAUAUAAUAGAGGUCUGUUGGCAGGAAUACGAAUAUCAACAGACCUCUUCGGAAAGUGAGAAAAAGCGUGCUCUAAAGAAUCAUGAAAAACUAUACUUGCAGUUUUCGGUAGGGUUUGCAACACAGCGAGAUUAUUCUCAUACGAUUUCUCCGCCACCAAUGGAUCCGGGUAUCGCGGAUACUCUGAUAAAGGUCAUUUCGAAUUGCAAAUCAAGUUCACAUAGCCAGAACUUGUUGCGGCAAAUAGCGGGCAGUUUAUACCGUACAGGAGAGCUCGCAGGGAGAGCCAGUGUAAUUGAAAAAGAAAGUAAGGGUCAGAAUAUGACAGAGUACGCUAAACUGUUAGGAAAUCUAGAUAUAUGCAAUGAAGCCCUUAUGAGGUUUAUUGCAGCGGCAAAUUCAGAUCAGUUUUACCGUUACGUUGAAGAAAACAUCGUUGCACAUUCAUUACAGGAACUGCCCAAUAGUAAUAGUCUUGUCCAAUACUUGGACUUAUUUUCCUACUUUUUCAUCACAGAUAAAAAUCUUCCGAAGUUUCUGGAACUAACGUCAAGAAUGGUUGCACAUUUCAAGAAUCCUGUACAUCGAGAGUUUUUAUUGACUUUUGUUUCACAAUCCAUCAAGAUGUGGUUAUUGUCUCGCCCAAAGGAGUAUUUACGUGUUGCUAAUGAUAUUGUAAAAAACCCGAAUGAUCCUACAGUACGCAGAAUUGUGAAAGAAUCGUCAUACCUAUUCGAAGAAGUGUACGCCUCGUUUAAUGUUGCUUCGAUUCUUACUGAAGCGCCGUCUACACAUCCUAAUUCGUCUUCUCCUACCACAAGUGGGACUUCUACAUCCUUGCAUUCGUCAAUGCAUGAUCCACUUUCAAGUAGUAGGGUGGUUAAUGGUAGUUUGUAUUCUUCCACAAAUACCCAUACAGCAACAAAAAUCUCUUCUGAAGAUGGUUUGCAUUCUAGUUCAGCGCUCGCAUCUUCGGAUGUUGCAACUACUUACACUAGCAUAUCGAAAGACGUCGAUGAUACCGAAAACCUAACGAAUCUCUCAGUGCUAAGAUUUCUAUCUUGCAUUCUCAUGCUUCAUCCGCAAACAUUUGAUGAAAUUAAUUCAAUUAGGUUCAAAAAUAUACCUGAUAUAAUUACUGGUGACGAGAUCUCGGCCACAAGUGGCCAGGAGUCGGAUAAAGAUAGAGUAACAUCGUCACAACAGUUUGGGGAUAGACCCGCACGUCCUAUGAGUUCCCUUCCAUUAGUUGCGAAUGGAAGCAGCAGAACUAAAUUUUUAAUGACACUUAUCAGGAUUUUAAAUGGGUCACAAGUUGUCUCUGACAAGGCCCUAUUGGACACAUUACGCACAUUGAUCUUAAUAUCUAGACUAUCCGCUGCGAUGUUUGCGUAUGACAAAUAUACUCCACCCAUCUAUUUUAGUAGAAGGAUAUUUCUUGUCAUGUGCGAUAGCCUACAAUUAUGCAAAGAGGCGCCCGGGAGGAAACACGUAUUAAUAGCGAAGUGUCUCUCGAGACAUCCAGUUGCACAUACUAAAUUACAAGUAGACUACUUUCCUGUAGCGUGUUCAUUGGAGCCAGUGGUUUUUCACCAAAAGAUAGAGGAGUUCCUAAUGGAAAAACGUGAGGGAUUGGAACAUCUAAGAAUGGUCACUGAGGGUUUAAAGAUAUUCUUUACUCUUUCGCAAUAUGAAACGCCAAAAGAUCAAGUUGUUGAGAGAGCAUUUGUUUUACUACAAAGGACAGCGCAUGAAAUGUCAGAUAUAUUAUUAAGGUACUCAGCUGUCCUAGAUGACAGGGUUAACGGCAUUAUAGAUGAUCUUUUUGAAGGUUUGCUUGUGGAAGAUGACAGUUUGGAUAAUGUUCCAAGUAGUGAUCCUGAUCCCACUAUACCAGGCUUCAUGGACCCCUUUAUACCUAUAGAAAGUCCAAAACUGUCUUCUCAUGCGUCAUCUGUUCCAUCUUCUCACUCCAUGGCUACCGAUAAGAGUGACCAGCCGCACUAUUUUUCUUCUCCACAAUUGAGGCCUCAAAUGGAGUCGCCACAUGCAAUGAGGUCUCACCAUAGCUCCUCUAUUAUGAAGAGAGCCACUGGCUCUCCGGUGGAUGAAAGGUUACAAAGAAUAGUUCGCCCUUCUUCGACUGCUACAAGUACCAAAUCACCAUUUGGCUUUACAUAUGCAUCGGAAGCUAAUUCACAAGCUUCAUUUCAGCAGUCAAGCACAGCAGCACCACUUUCAUCCGGUCACUUAAGUAAUGAAAACCCCGAGGAGAGUAUUUUACAGACUGCCCGUGAAAUAAUGGUGAAUAUUUACACAAGUUACGAAGAUACAUUACAUUUUUACAUGAGAAAUCCAAGUUCAAGAAAUGUCUCACCAAUACCCGUAGAAAAUUUAAAUGCCUUUGUUAAACCUGUUUUUGUGGGUCUUAUCGAAGAAGGAACUGAGACUCAUAAAGCAGUGCUAGCAUAUAGUGACGUUGGCGUAUCGUACUUUAAACAUUUUAAGAACGAUCUGACAUUGGAAUAUGCAUUGAGCAUAUGUAAAUCAUCGGGUUAUCUUAUUAUACUUUUGGCUGCAGUACUGUUCAAUUUAACUUUGAGUGAGGAGAGACGUGAGCAUUUAUUGACGCUCCUUACUCGAUUCUGGGAAUUCAGGUUAGAGGUAAUAAAACAUUUUGAUUCGAUUAACCAUCUCCAUGAAUUAAACGAGGCCGAGUCGGUCCUAUUUCUACUCAUUAGAGGAUCUUGUGGAAGAGCUUUAUUUAUUUCACUUUGCUCUCAUGAACCUAGGAUACACAAAUUGUUGAAAAACGGUUUUAAACUCUAUUGCAAGGAAGUAGAAUACCGCAGUAAAAUAACGGGAGAGUCCGAUUACUUGCAGAAGGAUAAUAAAUCAUUCCUUACUGCCAUCUGCCGUGAUUCUUACGUUGCCACAGGUGCUUUGGCAUUUCAGCGAAGAUUAAGGUCAGACAUAUUAUGUCAUAUAAAGUAUCCAGACCGUAUUUUAUAUGAUAGCCUUAAGCUAAUAUACAAUCGUUGGUAUGAAAUGUCUAAAGCUACAGGACUCACGCAAACGGAGUUAAACCACUACAGGAAUUACGCUGGUAUUAUUGCGGCAUCUAGUGGUGUAUUUUUGACGAUUGACACAGAGACCCUGAAUAACUUAUCAUAUCUAGCUAAUGUGAGGCAUAGAAUUGCGGCUAAUAUAGAUUAUUUCAUCAAAAAACAAUGUCAGUCGCUCGAUAAUGAAGAUUUACUGACUAGGGAGAAUUCAAAAGAUAUAAUUAGUACCGAGUUACAUCCUCUCGUUUUCCCUACUUUAUUCCAUCAUCUGAAGGCGAAAGUUCGUGAGUUGGAAGCAAUAGAUGUAAUCGCUCCUGAGAAUGAGCUUUCCUUCAUACUUCUAGAACAAAUUAUUUUAAUUCUACGGGUUAUUAUGGAGCGUGACGAUGAAAUUGAUAUUUUGGUUCAAAUAUCCCUGGACUUGCUAGAUUUAAUAGAGGGUAUUUUCAAAAUAGUCGAGCAAAUCAAACAUGAUUCACCAAAAUAUUUUAAAUGUAUUAUUCAAUUAUCCAAGAUGUUAAGAUCUUGCGAGCAUUCAGAGGAAAGGUUGUGCCUUUCAGGAUUCAUGUUAAUAAAGAAUAGGUGGAUCCGCACAGCAAUGCAAUGGUUUGAAUCAACAAUUUUCAAGGAGUAUGAUUUAGAUAAUUUGGGUAAACCACAUCGUAAUAUGGACUUACAGAGGCGUGACUUGGAUUAUCUGUACAUUGAUACUUCUAUUGAAUCAUCCAAAGUGUUGGCGUAUCUUACAAAAAAUCUUGUACUUGAGGCCCCUCCCUCAUUAUCUGAAACAGAACUAAUUAGAUCGAAACAAGUUGUGUUCGGGAACUUUUUCAACAUUCUGCUAAAAGGUUUAGAGAAAAGCACUAGUAUAAAGAAGUUCCCUCCUACACUAAGGCAUAAAAUUGGGCUGUUAAACGAUAACAUCACCACUUCUCUCACAAAUUUACUAAAUUUUAAUGUCGACGUCGGUUUUAAAUACGCAUUACCGAUUGGCUAUUCCCCAAACAGAAAUAUUAAAGUUGCAUUCUUAAAGGUAUUUGUGAAUAUCGUCACAAAUUUUGAUAUCUCUAAUAAGGAAAUAACCCAGAAAAGGAAUGCAGCUAUCGAAGAGCUUGCUAUGGCUGCUGUUAAAGAUCCUAGCUUAGUGUCUAAAACAGCUAGGGUAUGUCCUGCAAAUGACACAGAUGCACUUGCUGGAUCCUUGGUUUCAAUAUUUAACAUUAAGAACGCUGCUCAUUUGAUUGUAAUUGAACUUAUUAGGGACGAAAUUAGUACAGCAUCCAGGUAUAUGGAUAUCUUGAGAAGAAAUAGUUGUGCUACCAGAGCGUUGUCAAUGUAUUCGAGGCUCAAAGGCGGUGCCUAUUUGGCCGCAGUUUUAAAACCGGUAAUCGAUGGAGUUAUUUCAACUGGUGAAACUUUUGAUGUAGAGAAAAUAUCACCAGAUGAUCCUGACUGUGAACGCAAUGUGGCUUUACUUUCCAAGUAUUUGACUAUAUUAGUUGACUCAAUUGUUGGCUCUAUUGACAAAGUUCCUCCAGAAUUUUUUGUUAUUUGCCAGGCUAUUUACCGUUAUGUCAAUGAAAAGUUCCCAGAUGUUGCAGAGAUCGCGGUUGGUUCAUUUAUCUUCUUACGUUUCUUCUGCCCAGCACUAGUGAGUCCAGAUUCGGAGGGAUUAAUAGGAACUUUUUACGCUAAAGAAAGGCGUUCUUUCAUAGUACUUGCAAAGGUUAUCCAAAAUAUUGCCAAUGGUUCUGUUUCGUCUUUAAAAUGGCCUGCUUUACAGUCUAAAGCAGACUUCUUGAAGGAAAGCGGCGAUAGGAUAUUCAAGUUCCUAAAGGAGCUAUCGAACUCUGAUAGACAGGUUACUAUAACCACGGCACCAGAAAACAAGGUCACAGUUGAUGAUUUCCAUUUGUUACACAAGUUCUUAUAUCAUCAUGCUCUGGAUGUCAGAAAGGAAAUCAUAAACUCGAACAUUAAAUCUUCUGAAGACUUGGAGCGUUUAAAAAUGAGCGGCAAACUUAUAGACAAUCUUCUCGGCCUUUUGGGUCAACCGAGAAUGGAAUUCAAGAACGCUAUACCACCAUAUAUUAGGGAGAAUAUGGAAUCAAAUCCCGAGUUAUAUGACUUCAUGAGCAGACAUUCCUUGAAGACACUUGACGAUGUAGAUAUACCCUUUGUCCACACUUCCGUAACAUCAGAUGGUUUACCUGCCCUCGUAUUUUCAUGGGUGCUAGCAGCAAAAUACCUUCAAAUCGAUAUUGAAAUGGUAUUAUACAGAAUGUUCCAAAUAUAUGCCAAAAUAUGGACAACCAGGCAUUAUGUUGUAGUGGAUUGUACAAGUUUUGAAUCCAAACACUUAGACGAGAUGGCCGUGAAAAAGGUUAUAGCAAUGUGUUACAAACUAUUACCAAAUGAACUUUCAAAAAAUUGUGUUGGCUUUUACCAUUAUAAUUUAACCAAAAGGUAUCUGGAUAUUUGGCUGCCUAUAAUAAAAGCUAAUCUAAAUCUGGUAACACUUGAUGUGCCUUGUUAUUUUCUCAACUCUAAUUCCCCUUUAAAAACAAUAAAGAUGCUUGGACUCUCCGAUUACAGUGCAGAUCUCUAUUCAGAUGUUAGAGUAACUUUACAUGAUGCUUCAUUAUAUGAUGAAACGCACCAAAGGUUUGAGCCGAUCACACUAAAAGUCAGUAAUAAGCAUUUUCAGGUUGUUUAUAAAACCCCUAAAAGUGUUAAGGUGACUAAGAACGGCGGAAUUUCCGAAAUAUAUUUCAACAAUGUGUUUGAAAUUUCCGAGAUCAAAUCCGCGGGUAUUAGUAACGAUAGGGGAGUCCCAUAUGAGUUUUUUAUUCAGAUGGAAGAUGGACAAAAUUUAACGUUUUCCAGUCCAAAGUAUCUGGAAGUUUUAAAGAUCCUACACUACUCACAAGCUCGGUUAGAGGAGGAAAGUAAAGAUGAACUACCUGGUGCUAUACUUUCAUCACAAGAUCAUGACAAAAAGAAAGAUAUUACCUAUAUUAUUGGACAUAUAUUGAUGAUUAUAUUUGUUGGUUUGAACAGUGAGGACGAGGCUGUUGAGGCUGUCGGUUAUAAUUUGCUUGCUGCAACACAAUCUACUUUUGGCCUCAAUUUUGGGCAUAAGUUGACUAUAUCCCCUGAAGUUUAUGUUCCUGGUGACAGUUCGGCGUUCUACAACUCUAUUUUAAAUGGAUUAGCCAUUACUGCUCCUGAGUUGGCUGAAUGCAUCUGGCUCAAUUCUAUGGAUUUACUGGAAAAUGUUUUGAAUGAUAAGCAAAUACCAAGAUUGCUUGUUGCUUUGUCACCUUGGACUAAAAACCUUUACGAGAACGUCUAUAUGGUGGAUGAUGAAGAAGGCCAUGACUUGACUGUCCAUAUCAUCCGCAGGUUGAUUAGAAUAACGGCAAAGCAAGAACUUCACUCACUACUGUACGCGCAAUUUAUAUGGACAAAUUUAAUUCUAGAAGGUAACUUGACAGAACUGAUCUUUGAACAAGUUAUAUACCAUUGUGUCGAUAGAGAAUCAGAAGGUUCAGAUUGGAGAAAAAUUGUUUUUAUUUUAACAAGGAUUCCAACCCCAGAUGUGUGUGGCUUAGUACUAACCCGAAUCCACAAUAUUAGUAAUUCAUUUUUACCAACGUUAAAGAUGGAAGCAUCAACUCAUAGCUGGUCGGAAUUAAUUAUUUUAGUUGAAAUUGCAGUGUCACUUUUAUUUGAUUCCUUGUUAUUGGCUCAAAUCUUUUUGCCAGAUAUCCUUUGUGCUGUAUCAUUAUUGAUUGACGUUGGACCAACGGAGCUCAGAUCGGCACUUCACAGACUUUUAAUGAAUGUGUGUCAAUCAUUCUCAAAUAACGAAUUACUUCCAGAUGCAAAUCGAAAGAAUUUGGAAAUUGUAUCAAAUGUUUUUGCUAGACAGAAGCUAAAAUUUAUGUUUGGGUUUAGCCAAGACAAGGGACGUGUGUUACAAAACUUUAGUGCCUCAUCCUUCCUGACGAAGUUCACUACCCUGGAGUGCUUUAUUGAUAACAUUAUUUUAUUAAUGGAUAAUGCUUCUGUUAAUGAUUCGCUAUAUUGGAAGACGAAAUACAUUAUCUAUAUUAUUGGAGUGGUAACGAAUGUAGAGUCAUUUUUAUCAUCCAGGGCAAUGAUGAUUAUGGGUAUUGUUGCAAGAAGCGGUAUUGAUGACCAAAUUUGCCGUAAGUUAUUAACGCAAACAAUGAAGGUAAUGGCAGUACCAUGUAUAACAGAAGAACUGCUCUUCUAUGCGAUUUCUCACGUUUUUGCAUACAGCAGGAUAGUUGAUGGCUUAAAGCCCAGUUCUGAAUUACUACCGCAGUUAUUUUGGUUAUCGACUACAUAUAUGCGAUCCCCCAAUACUAUGAUUUACCAAGGUGGUUUAUUACUCAUGGUUAAUAGCUGUCAGAGGUUAAAAUUGGGAAAUACAGAAGAUAAUCGGCCGAAAUCCAUUUUCGCAUAUCUAUACUCAAGAAGAGAAUUCUUUAAACCUGUACUAGAUGAGUUAGAGUCAUUGCUCAAGUUACACUUUACGACAGAAAUUUCGCGCAUGUUCUGAUAACGUUUAUUUCUAAAGGUCUUUUGGUGCCAUUCGUGAGAGGAAUUGCAAUCGAUGCUUUAACCAAGUUUUUCAAGUUGACCUACGCUGAAUUUCAAGAAUCGGGCAGCAACGAGUACUUGGUAUUUUUAUUAUUCCUGUAUAUCGUCCAGCGUCCUGAUCACUUUGAAAAGUUGAAGAAUGAAGUUGGUAUCGACUCCACCGUUGUAUUGUUGGACGAUGAUGCUACAAAGAUUCCACAGGUUUUAUUAACCUGGUUAGAAAGUGGCGAAUGUAGUGCUGAAAUCACCUUAUACCAAACAGCAGUAUACUUUGCUUCUCGUAGUUCAGAUGAGCCAAGCAAGGCACGGUUUUUAUUACUAUUAAAGCAUUUGGCAACUAAUCGAUCUCCUGUGGUUUUCAAGGUAUUGGGUGUCAUGAAAGAAGAAUUGAAACGUAUAAACACGUUUGAUGUUGCAAACAACGUUGUAAACAUAUCCUUUGUCGUCAUAAGGCUGCUGGUGAUACAGCGAGAGUUUAUCAGCUUCAAUGAAAUUUCGGCGCAAAUGGAAGCAUAUUUAGCAUCCAGGGAUUUAAUUGGCAUAUCAGACAUUGAAUCAGAUUUGACUUCAAACGAUCUUAUAACUCUCAACAAGUACCAGAGGGAAGUGUUUUAUGAAAGGAGAAAACAAGUGCUUACAAUAGUCAGCAAAAUUAUUGAGUCAGAACAGUAG